AUGUCGGGUGAAACACAUCCCCCGACAACACAACAUGUUACGCCCUCGCGACCCGCCGAAGUGCUGCACGAAGAUAUAUACACGGUACCAAACAUCCUGACCUUUACGCGUCUCGCUGCCGCUCCUGUCAUUGGAUAUCUUGUUCUACACGACCAGCAUGCGUGGGCGGUUGGUCUCUUUGCAUACGCAGGCAUCACCGACCUGCUUGAUGGAUGGAUCGCGCGACGCUGGGAUAGCAAGACUGUCGUGGGCACAGUAAUUGACCCCAUGGCAGACAAGAUGCUCAUGACCAUCUUGACCAUCUGUCUUGCUGCCAAGGGUGCUUUGCCUCUCUGGUGUGCUACCAUUAUCCUUGGCCGUGAUGUUGGUCUUGCCAUCUCUGCAAUCUACUACCGCUGGAUCUCCCUACCACCACCAAAGACAUUUGCCCGAUACUGGGAUUUUUCACUUCCCUCAGCUGAAGUGCGUCCUACAACUAUCAGCAAGUACAACACUUUCCUGCAGCUUGCUCUUGUAGGAGUCACCACAGCUGCUCCUAUCGUGACCGCAGACCUGACCACUGCAUUAACAAUCAUGCAAUAUGUUGUCUCUGCCACCACCAUCUGGAGCGGAGCGAGCUACAUCUACACAAAGGACGCCGUUAAAAUCCUCAAUAAGCAAAAGCCAAAAAAGCCAUAG